GGUCUUGUAGAGUCUACAAGAUGGCUACAAGAUAUAGCCAGCUCAAUAUUGAUAUUGAUACUCUGAAGCAGAAGACUGGGGUAACAGACACCCAGCUAGACCAAACAAUUGAGCAGAAACAAUUGUGGAGCCUGUCUGGUGUACUUGGCAGCUAUAAAAAGUUUGUUAGAAGCUCAGGAUUUGAUCUCAAUAAUGCUGAUGUAGAGGAUCUGAAGGAAUGUGCCUCCAAGCAUGGCAAUCAACAAGCCAUGUAUGAAGCUUUAAUGAAAUGGGGAAAAUUCAUCCGUGACUUCACUUAUCGGUCGUUGUUGGAGAUUUUGAUUGGUCUUCGUGAAGGAGCUUUGGCUGACCAAGUGUGUAGGACUUUCAUCCAGACACAAACCAGUGAGCUAAAUAAAGAAGACGCUGUGUCCUUGUCACCUGCUCCAGGUCGAUCACCUCUGACAGAGUCACCAAUUUGUGACCUAGUUGAACCAAAUUCCGUGGCGACAGGCACUACAACUGCUGACUGCAUACAUGAAUUUGAGACGAGGUUUAUGGAUCUACAAACGAAAACUCUUGGUGAGAUUGAUGAGAAACGAAUAACUGUAACUCAGUUCCGCCGAACGCUCAUGAUAAUGCCAAGCUCUAUCAAAAGUGAAAACAAAGAUUUUAUCUUAUCAAAACAUUCCUUGUUUCAAAAAGCAGAGUCUAUCGAAGACAUCUUUGUUCAUCUCAAUUUCUACUUGAGCUUUAUUGAUUUCAGCCUUCUUGAGCAUAUCAUAGAGCAAUUUGGUAGUGAUAGUCUGAAACGAGAAAUGAGCAGCUAUGCAGAAGACAUGAGACAGUUCAGAAUGAAAACCCCCGUUAGCGAAGUACUUGGCCAUCUUCCGAGAAAUUCAGAUACUCCUGCUGGUUACUCUCGUCUAACAGUGAAAUCAAAUUUUGAUGUUCAGGCUGCAACUCUUGAAGACGUAGACACAUACAGGAAACGUUUCGCUAGUGAUUUCUCACUCUCCCAGCUAGCCCUUUCUUUGUUUGAUCUCCAGGAGAGCUCACUACUGGUUACAUGGCUAGUGCCUGCUGCUGUAGGAGCAAUGAUCAGUGAUCAAGUGCAGAAGAAAACAACUUCUUUCUUUUUAAGCAACAAUAUUCUCAGUCUAUCACUUGAAGGAAAAUGUCUCUACCCUUUCAUGCCGAUGGUAAAGGUUAGUCAGUCAGGUACAGAGGGAUCUGGUGGUGCUAUGAUUGAAGCUGGAGCUUCGAUCACUCGUAAACCACAUCAAAGGAUAGCGGAGCGAAUCAACCUCAAACCUAAUCAUCAUGGACUGGCUAUUGUUGUAACAAACCAUUCGUUGUUGGACCUAACGGACGUGCUCACGAGGAAAUUGAGAUUUGAUAUUUACGAGCCUCGAGAUAAACUCUCCCUAAAGUCAUACAUACAAGCUGUAGAUCUGGAGCUGAAACACCAUCCCAUAUUAGUGGUGGUACCUGGAGAUGGAUUGUGGGGUAAUCAUCUAUCCACUGAAUGUGGCUUCAUCGACAUCAAGGAAGAUAUUAUGGCACCACUAUUCCCUCCUAUUGCCACACACCUUGCUGACAACCCAAAGAUAUUCCUAUUUGCUGCCUCAAAUUCUGAACGCCAUGCUCUACAUUUCGUUGAAGCAAUCUGGGAAAACUACAUUGUUGGUUAUAUUGCAUGUGGUGAUAUCCAUGAUAUGCAAAGGGUGGGAGAUAUCGUAGAGGACGAAUUCUCAUCUCAUUCUAGGGUUAGGGUGCAAAACAUCUUCACUUCAAUUAGCCACAAGCUUCAACCCCUCCAUGAUGUGCUGAGGGUGGCAGACAUCGUACGGGACGAACUAGCACACCCUUCUAUGUCUGUGCAAGAGAUUUUCACUUCAAUUAGUGACCAGCUUCCAUCCACUGUUACCAUGACCGUGGUCGACUGUCUCAAGGAGCCAGUCUACUUGCAUCCUCGUGGAUCUGAACUAAUGGAAACUCACAGCAGAUCACAAGAAUCAUCUGAGGAGUCCGAUACUCUAUCACGUUUAGGUGGACUAUCAACCGCUGAACAAUCGCAUCUACUGGAACAACCAACUAAGAAGCUCAAGACUGAAGUAUCACCUGAGUCGAGUGAGAAACUCCAAAUUGAUGAAGACUUAUAGUGUUCACCUUAUUAUUAUAUACAACGUACCUGUAUAAUCAUGUGUAAUUCUGUUUGAGCAAAUUCUUUAUAUUUUUUUUACAAAUUGCAAGUAAUUAUUGACAACAGCACAUGAGAUCAAAA